AUGGAGGACGCGGAAGCAGCGAAGAGCGAGGUGGAGAUCGACAGGGAUGGCUGCGACGAUGUGAGUGAUCACACGUGGGGUUCGAUUGCUAUGUCUUGGAUCUUAUCUAGCUAUACGAUCGUUGAAUUUUAUAGUAGCUCGGUGAUUAGAAUACGAAAUAGACCAUUCUCUGGUGUAACUCGUUGCGCUGCGAAUCCUCUUACCCUUCGGGUUACUCGAGGCUGGAUCUGGUUGCAGGAGGAUGCCCCGAUCAUGACCACGACGAAGAACGCGUUGAUAACGACCCAGCUGGGACCCUGCGACGUUUAUCCGCAUCGCGUCAAAGUGUCGAUCGUCGGCGUAGGCAAGAUUGGGAUUGCCUGCGCCAUCGCGAUCCUGAUGAGAAGGAUGGCCAGCGAGGUCUGCCUGAUCGACCACGACGCGAACAAGGCUUCCGCCGAGGCCGAGGAUAUCCAGCACGUCGGCGUUUUUUUGGGAUGUCCCCUAGUAACUGGCACGUCAGACUUCAGCAUGGUAAAGGAAUCCGCUGUGGUGAUAAUUUGCACGCGCGAGAACACGCCUGGCGAGAGUCCGAACGUGAAGCACAACCUGAAGGUCUUCAAGAAGAUCAUCCCGGCUAUAGCGAGGUUCUCGUGUAAAUCUGUCCUGCUGGUCGCGACUCAGCCGUCAGACGUGAUGUCCUACAUCGCCUGGAAACUGUCAGGAUUUCCCUCUAACCGUGUCCUAGGUGUCGGCACCAUGGUCGACUGCGCGAGGUUCCAGGAUUUCGUGAGCAGGAGACUGAACGUGGCGCGAAGCUCCGUCAGUUGCAUGACGGUCGGGUCUCACGGGGACAUGGCUGUUCCUAUAUGGUCGAGCAUGAACGUAGGCGGAAUAAAGCUUCGAGACAUAAACCCUAGAAUAGGCGAGCCGGACGACCCCGAGAAGUGGUCCGAAAUCACGGACAACGUGAAGAACGUAGGCAAGGAACUAGAGGAGAAGAAAGGAUCGUGCUGUUGGGGCGUCGCUAUCUCCACCGCGGAGAUCGUCGACGCCAUUGUUAGAAACACCAAAGUCGUGCUUCCGGCGUCCACGCAUAUUCUCAGCUGCGCCCACGGCACGGACAAGGACGUGUACAUGUCUGUACCCUGCGUGAUCGGCCGGGAGGGUGUGUACUGCACCGUGCGACAGAAGCUAUCGGAACAGGAAAAGUCCGCGGUGCAGGCGUGCGCUGACAGUAUUCGAGGCGUUUUGCGGGAGUGCGGCAUCCUGCAGGAGACGAACAACGAGACGAACGGGGAGACGGAGCAGUGA